CCCCGUGCCAGAGCGCAAGCGCGGGCUGCGGCGAGCCAAGAUGGCGGCAGCGGCGGCGGCAGCGGCGGCGACAGAGCAGCAAAGUUCCAAUGGGCCUGUGAGGAAGUCCAUGCGGGAGAAGGCUGUGGAGCGAAGGAACAUUAACAAAGAGCACAACAGCAACUUUAAAGCUGGAUAUAUUCCUAUUGAUGAAGAUCGUCUCCAUAAAACCGGGUUGAGAGGGAGAAAAGGCAACUUAGCCAUCUGUGUGAUUAUCCUCCUGUUUAUCCUGGCUGUCAUCAAUCUACUCGUUACACUUGUCAUCUGGGCUGUGAUUCGCAUUGGGCCAAAUGGCUGUGACAGCAUGGAGUUCCAUGAAAGCGGUCUGUUGCGAUUCAAGCAAGUGUCUGACAUGGGUGUCAUCCACCCGCUCUAUAAGAGCACUGUGGGAGGACGGAGGAAUGAAAACCUGGUCAUCACUGGCAACAACCAGCCAAUUGUUUUUCAGCAAGGAACAACCAAGCUGAGUGUAGAAAAGAACAAAACGUCUAUCACCAGUGACAUUGGAAUGCAGUUUUUUGACCCAAGGACACAAAAUAUCUUAUUCAGCACAGACUAUGAAACUCAUGAGUUUCAUCUGCCAAGUGGAGUGAAAAGUUUGAAUGUUCAGAAGGCGUCCACUGAAAGGAUUACCAGCAAUACUACCAGUGAUUUAAAUAUCAAAGUUGAUGGGCGUGCGAUUGUUCGUGGUAAUGAAGGCGUGUUCAUCAUGGGCAAAACCAUUGAAUUUCACAUGGGGGGUAAUGUGGAAUUAAAGGCUGAAAACAGCAUCAUCCUCAAUGGAACUGUGAUGGUCAGCCCAACACGCCUGCCCAGUUCCUCCAGUGGGGACCAGUUGGGGAGUGGUGACUGGGUGCGCUACAAGCUCUGCAUGUGUGCAGAUGGCACGCUCUUCAAAGUGCAAGUAACAAGCCACAACAUGGGCUGCCAGGUGGCAGACAACCCUUGUGGAAACACUCAUUAGAAGUUCCAUCCCCAGGGGUCAAUAUGUUCCAAUCUCAACUUGACCUUUUCCUUUUAAGAAUGCAUGUGAACCAUGUUUUACAGAGUUUGCAAUAAUAUGUAUUUGAACUGGAGAGCACCACUGUAUCUAUUAUGUACUCUCCAUAGUUAAGGGAUUUUUGAGUGCCUAAACUCUAAUAUGCUUUAUUAAGUUGCACUGAUACUAAAAUGACAGUUCUCUAAAAUAACCAUGAGAAAUUAAUAAAAUCAAAAGUAAUCCUUGAAGUGUUUUAACAUAAUAUCUCUUAUCUAAAGGACAAAGGGCUGAAGAGUUAAGACUCAUUGUAAGUAAGCCUUUGGUUAUGUCCAAUAGGGAGAGAUCCACUAGAGAUGUUUGGAGGAUACAGCAUCACUGUCUGUGCUCUUGUCUUUUGCCUUUUAAAGGGGAAGGCACAGAUUUUUUACUGUAUUAACCUGAAGUCACAUUUUCACAGACAAGUCAUUGAAGAAUUUUCCAUAUAUGAGCUUGUAAGAAACUGUGUGUCCUUAGUUUUGCACUAAAGAAAAUACUCUGUCAUGGAAUGUUUACUUGAAAUAAUGAUACAUGUAAGUAUCUGCAAUGUGUUACAUUAAAACCCAAUCCCAGUCCUCACUGGUGUGCGGUAAUAGUAGCUGUCAUCACUGGGCCUCUUCUCCAGCACUGGCUGGGCUUCGAGCCCUUACUCGCUCUAAUUCACACUGCACCACUCUCAGCAAGUGCUUCAAUCCCAGCUUCACCCAUCAGGAAACUGCAAGUCAAAGAAGUUAAGGAACCUGCCCCAUACCACAUAGUAAAGGGCGGACUCGGGGUUGGAAUUCAAGUACAAAUUCUAAACUAGAUGAACCUGAUUCCAAAUGUAUUUCUGCCUUUUAUACUCUACACUCAAUUUUCAAUUAUUUAAAAUUCUCAAAAGAUGGAAAAAGCCUAAUUCUAAUUUUCCUAAUGUGUAAAAGUGGAACAUGUGCUACUCUAGUUAAAAUACUAACCUGUUAGCAAAACAUGACCAAUCACUGUUAGAUUUUAAACUAUCUUGAGCCAGUUCUAAGCUUUCAUUCGACAGACAGAUCUGCUUGGUCUGCUUUCCCCAUGGGAGCACCUGAAUGAGUUAUAGAGAGGCCAGUAUAGAUUUCCUUAGGCCCUGAAGAUCGUCAGUGGAAAGGGGGAGGCUAGGCCUCAAUAGGUCCUGCUGCCCUGGUGCAUUUCUCCCUCCAGUGUUCCAUACCAGCAUCACCCUUCAGAAGUAUACUGUGCCUAGAAACUAGUAUACAUUAGGAUAAAGGGUGCUAAUGCAGGAGAUGACGCAGGUUAUUUUAGCUAGGUAUAAAACUUUAUCUCUGUUCCUCAUCUCAUUGUCUCAUUUUAACUUACAGCCCUCAAGCCAGUUGAUUCUUAGUCAUUUUAUACUUCAUUUGAAAGGAAGUUUCUGGUAUACUAAGAUACAUGGGAUCAGGGACCCAGAAUACAUAGCUGUAAAGUAGACAGCAGGGAGGUAUCAUGGACCUAGCUACACAGAAGGACAAUUGUAUUCUGUCAUGGUCAUUUAGAACUGUGUGGAUAAGAACAUCAAUAUAUAAAACAAUUUCUGUUUGAUAUUGUCACAAUUCUAUCAAAUGGAGAAACUGAAUACCUUAUAGAUUGUGAACUCAGGCUGGGGUAUGAAUUGACUUGAGACCUGACACUAAGUGCAGGUUUUAGAUAUAAAGAAAGUGAUUUAUGCCUUUGGAUAUAUUCAAGUAUUAUUUAAUAACUAAAAAUGCUCAGAAAAAUCAUGUUUAGAAUUCUCAUUUCCAUGUUCAAUGUAUUUUUAAAUUGUACAUUUAUUACAUGUUCUUUUUAAAAAAUCUGUUUUGAGAAUUUCUUUAAAUAAAUAUUUUUACUCAAACCACAGAA